AUGGCUGGAAAGUUUGAGCCUAAGAACCCGGUCGAAUUGGCACCGCCCAAGGACGACCCCAUCACCCUCGAGGAGUUGGCCAAGGCUGAUGUUUUCGCCGGAAAGGACGCUUCCCGCGCUCUGGGAAAGACCUCCACGAAGCCUGAGGACGUCAGUGCUGACUGGUCAGACCUGACCGACAAGGAGAAGGGCGUGUUGAACGACUGGAUUACCUUCUUCUCUAAGCGCUACAACGUAGUCGGCCGCGUCGCCGGAGCUACCAACACGGAAUGA